AUGGAGAUGGAGCAAGUAUGGAAUUUGAAAGAGAGUAGUAGUCACUAUCAAGGUGCUAAGUCAGUUGAUCGAAAGAAAGUCAAGUGGUCACCUCCCCCACCCAAAUGGAAAAAACUAUAUUUCGAUGGAGCUAGUCGAGCAAAUCCUAGAUUAUCUGAGUUUGGUGCACUAGUUAGAGAUGAGAAGGGUAGCCUAGUAGGGGAAACAUGUGGACCUAUUGGAAUUUCAUCUACUAACGUAGCAGAAAUCACUGCUUUAGAGGAAGGUUUGAAAUGGGUCUCAUCUAAUGGAGUUUCAAAGGUAAUGAGAGAGGGUGACUCUCAAGUCAUCCUAAGCACGAUCAACGAAAAAGGAUUUACGAAUUGGUGGCUAAACACAUGGAUCCCAAGGAUAAACUGUUUGCUUCAAAAGUUGACGGAUUAUCAUUUUCACCACAUUUAUCGUGAGGGAAAUCAAGUGGCGGAUUUUCUUACAAACCAAGGCAUUGUUGAGACUCUGCCAAUAGUCAUGUCAAUGGCAGAUGCAGGUAACAGAGAUUUUUAG